GCUGUGUGCUACACCGACUAAUGCCGAUUUUAUAGCUGUGCUCUUUCAACUUUGGCACGACCUUCAGAGACUCAGAUGGACAAAAAAGUUGGCCCACCCUCCCGCUACAAAAGACCCCCUUCUACCGCGACAACUUCUGGGACCUACGUGCUCGAGGGGUCGGGAUAUUCACACAGCAUGCCACCUCUCUUGAAAAGAGUGCAUAGAAACUUCUGCUGCCAAGAAUCUGUCAGAACAAAAUCUAGAAACAACCCCUAUGGAUAGGCACCCAAUGACGCCGCAAAACGAACUUGAACAUGCGACACGCCUACAAGUUUAGAAGACAUCACUCAAAGUAUACCUAUCAAGAAGAAUCGACGACAGCGGGGACCCAAUGGGGAUAAACAAAGCACGAGAACUAGCAUAAUCAAAGGGGAAGCUACGAUACUUAUCGAUGUCGACGAGACGGAAACGGUGAUUACAGUACAUCAUCUCCCACCAUGCUACCCGAAACUUCGGAUACGAAUCGGUGGGAUCUGGAGCGCUCAGAACACGAACAUUCAACUCUGACUCAACUAAACGCUGACCAACUUAGCUGCUAGUUGAAGGACGAUAGCAAACCCGCAGUUCAUCGCCUGGUAGGCGAUAUCCGGCACUGAAUUGGGCAAUUGUGAGCCAAAAGAAUACACGGAUAUGUUGGACUAAAAAGUCUAGCUGUUCAGUUCAGAGAAUUGACCGUUGACCACCCGUUCUUGAUGUCCUUCGCAUUUAAACGGGAUCCCAUCCGAGGCUCUUCGCGAGGUAUUUUCACUGUUCACCUGAUGGAUACGCGAGCAGGAACGCUUACGGUAGCACCGACACUGACGGGCCACAAGUGAAAAGUAGAAGGAGUGUAUCCGUGGAUCGGGAACUUGGAAAGAUACACAAUCCUCGGGAUCUCUGAGAGCAAUCAACAGUAAAGAGCAUCUCAGAGAGCACUAGGAGCUCGGAAGGGUGCUGGGCUGGGGGACCUUGGUUAAACCUUGCGAAGCCGGGGAUCAAGUUCAGGGACAAUAUUGAGGAGCCUAGCUCUGACUGACAGGUAACCUCAACCUACUUCGACAGGAGUCUUGCAUCGAACCCACAGGAAUUGCUUUUUGGAAUACAAGCUCGAUACCUAUCCACUGUUGAAUACUAUCGUUUCUUAACGACUCUCAGUUCCAAGCCUCCAUUACUCGUAACUAACUGACAAUGUCUCUGCGACGCGGAAUUUACCACAUCGAGAAUGCUGGGGUUCCCAGUGCCAUUGAUCUCAAAGACGGCAGCUCCAGUGACGGCACACCUAUCGUUGGCUGGCAGUUUACACCAGACACGAUCAACUGGCAUCAGCUCUGGCUUGCUGAACCAAUCCCCAACCUUGCUGAUACCUUUACCCUUUGCAACCUGUUCAGCGGUACCUACAUGGAUCUCUACAACGGUUCUUCCGAAGCGGGCACCGCAGUCAAUGGUUGGCAAGGAACUGCCUUUACGACCAAUCCCCACCAGCUCUGGACCAUCAAGAAGUCGAGCGACGGUACGAGCUACAAGAUCCAGAAUUACGGAAGUAAAACCUUCGUCGAUCUUGUCAAUGGCGACAGCUCUGAUGGGGCCAAAAUUGCUGGAUGGACCGGCACUUGGGAUGAAGGUAACCCUCACCAGAAAUGGUACUUCAAUAGGAUGAGCGUCUCCAGCGCGGAGGCCCAAGCGGCUAUCGCGCGAAACCCUCACAUUCACGGGACUUACAGAGGAUACAUCCUCGAUGGAGAAUAUCUUGUCCUCCCUAACGCUACUUUCACUCAGAUUUGGAAAAACUCCGGUCUUCCUGGUAGCAAAUGGCGUGAGCAAAUCUAUGAUUGCGAUGACUUCGCUAUAGCCAUGAAGGCCGCCGUUGGGAAGUGGGGCGCCGACUCCUGGAAGGCUAAUGGCUUCGCCAUCUUUUGUGGAGUUAUGCUUGGUGUCAACAAGGCUGGAGAUGCGGCCCAUGCUUACAACUUCACCCUCACCAAGGACCAUGCUGACAUUGUCUUCUUUGAGCCUCAGAACGGUGGAUACCUGAACGACAUUGGCUAUGACAGCUACAUGGCCUUCUACUGA